AAGCCGCCAAAAAACAUUUCAAAUCGGCGCCCCCCCAUGGGCAGCUGCCAUGACAGAUGAAAAAAUGCUGUCAUUUGAAGCUGCUAGCUUGGUGGAGAUGAAGUUGUCCAAAAGCCAUGGCAUUUGUAAGGUGACCAACCUCUACAGCCACUGGCUACUGCUGGUGCCGAGGGUCCGAAUGCAGAUCCUCAUGGCCGGAGUUGGCAUCUCCAACUACCUUCUUCGCACUUGUCUAGGGACCUGUGCAGUCUUGAUGGUUCACGAGUACAAUUGGGAUAUGCAGUUCAAGGGAAUGCUCCUGGGUGCCUUCUUCUGGGGCUACCUCGCAGGGAACUUGUUUGCAGGGGCCAUCUCUGCGCGCUUGGGCGCUGGGAUGGUCUUGGCUUGUGCGGCCAUCACGUGGAGUGCAUUGGCCAUUGCCAUCCCGAUGGUGGCGGACUUGGGAUUUGGAUACACCUGGAUGCUCCUCACCCUGUUGGGCCUGGCCGAAUCUCCUCUCAUGCCCACCACGAUGCAACUCAUCUCCGCCUAUGUUCCAGCCUCUGAAAGAGGUUGUUCGCUGGCGGCACGAGCGCUCUCCAUGCGUUUUGGUCAGAUCGUGGCGUCGGUAUUGGCGCCCUUAAUUUGCUCUCAGGCCGGCUGGCGAGCCACGUUCGCCAUUUUUGGGACUGUGAGCUUGAUGUUGGCCUUCCUGUGGCUGGGCUUUGCCAUGACGAAGUCGCGAGAGGCCGGCAUGGAAAUCGCGCGGAAGAUGUGGGAGGAUACCUGUGAUGCAGAUGUGGUGGCCACAGGCACCAAUAGCAAAGGUGGCGAGCACGGUGGAUCUUUUCUGCCACUCUGGGCGCUAAAGCAUCCUGGCUUCCUGGCGCUGUUGGCGGUACAUUGUAGCAGCAACUUUGCCAUGUACACCAUCAUGUCUUGGGGCCCGUCCUACUUCACAGAGGUGCUGGAGCUGCCCUUGGAGAGUGUGGGGCUCUACCUCAUGUUGCCGGCGGCUUUUUCAGGUGUUGGAUCCAUCUUGGGCGGCCUUUGUACCGAUUGGCUGCAGAGCCGACGCUGCCCGCUGCUGACCAUGCGACGGGGGAUCCUUUGCCCUGCUGCUUUGGCAUCAGGCCUUGCCUUGGUCUUGUUUGGGAACCUGCGCAGCAUCCCUUUUGCAAGCCUUGCGAUGAUAACAGCUGCAUUGUUUAUGGGUGUCUUGGACACGGCGAUGAACGCCGUGUACCUGGAUUUAGCGCCGCAAAAUGCCGUGGCGCUCGUGAGCCUGGGCAAUGGUGUGGCCACCUUGCCUGGUGCCGCAGGGCCUGCGCUGGUGGCGGUGUUGCUGGAGACCACGGGGCUUUGGUCCUUGGUCUGGGGCAUCAUCGCUGCGUGCUUCGUGGUUUCAUCUGCAGUUUUUGCUAUCUUUGGAUCGACGGAGGAUAUCGAGAAGCGACCCCCCAAGUACAUGCAAGUGUGAGCUGGGUAAAUCCUCCCAGUGCGAAGGUGCCAAGAAUUCGGGCAACAUGAAGACAAGCCUCGAUUCGAUGUGAAGGUCCAGAUUUGCUGCUUGGUUGUAUAGGCGCAAAAGAUCAAAGCAUCAAAUCAUAUGAAAUCCAAAAGCACACUUCUGAGUUGAAAGUUGAGGGCUCAGGGUCACAACACGGGGAAGUUGGAUUUCACGGUCUGUCUAAGCCAGGCAGGACAGCUGUUUGUCCAAGCCCCAGCAAUCUCCCUGACCCUUGUACUUCCUGUUGCGAUAAGAUAGGUUCAGAGAAAUAAUGAAGCCGGGUUGUUAGAAUUGGGUGAAUCAACAAUUCCCCAAGCUUCUUUCCCAAAGGUUUCAACUUCCCCCUAACUAGGAUGGUCAAUGGAGACAUGGCACAGGUGGUGGAAAAGUAGUGAGAGGGGGUCACAUGGAGACACCACUUAAGAAUACUUUAGAAUGGUCACAUGGAGCUGAAAUGCCCUGAAGAGGGUUUCCUUUUACCAAGGGUAUGCUUUGCAUGACCACGGUUGCAUUUUGGAGUUUGCUGCCUGGUGCACUUUGGGGUGUGUUUGACGCUGGGACUGGGAGUCUAUUUUUUUCCCACGUGUAUGGCACUCUGUGCCCUAGAUGCUUGUGUAAAUUGAAGCAGUUGCUGACACUUUAACAAACCACUUGAAAGGGCACGGAGUUUGCGUGGAUGGUUGGUUUGUUCAUGUUUCCUUCCCAUGAAUAUUGAGGGAAAUGGCGGGGCGGAAUGAAAGCACAUUCGACUCUUCCACAUCGAGUUCCUCGGAUUUUCCUUUUGACCCUCGCAGCUUUUGAUUGCGAGACUUUUGGAUCAUAGACAUGGAGUGACUUGGAAUGCU